GCGGCGGCUGUUCUUUCUGGACGUGCUUGACAAGAUGGAGCCGCCAACCUCGUCCAGACUGAAUUCCCGAAAGAGAAGAAAAGAUGGAUCAGGCCCUAAUGGGGCAACAGAGCUGGAUGGAAUCCCUCCAAAAAUGUCCCGACGCUCACUCGGUCUGCGGGAGCCAGCCCCGUUCUCAGAUGAGGUGGAGAUCGACUACAGCAAGCCAUACAUCAGAGUGACCUAUGAAGAAGCCAUGAGAGGGACCCCAUUGGAUCGCCCUGUCAGAGUUUAUGCUGAUGGAAUAUUUGACUUGUUCCACUCUGGACAUGCCCGGGCCUUGAUGCAAGCAAAGAACCUCUUCCCAAACACAUACCUCAUUGUUGGAGUGUGCAGUGAUGAGCUGACCCACAACUUCAAGGGUUUCACGGUAAUGAACGAAAAUGAGCGCUACGAUGCCGUGCAGCACUGUCGCUAUGUGGAUGAGGUGGUGAGAAAUGCACCCUGGACCCUCACACCCGAGUUCCUGGCAGAGCACAGGAUCGACUUUGUUGCACAUGAUGACAUCCCCUACUCUUCUGCUGGCAGUGAUGAUGUCUAUAAGCAUAUAAAAGAAGCAGGCAUGUUUGCACCAACCCAGAGGACCGAGGGCAUCUCCACAUCCGACAUCAUCACGCGCAUCGUGCGGGACUACGACGUCUACGCCCGGCGGAACCUGCAGCGGGGCUACACGGCCAAGGAGCUCAACGUCAGCUUCAUAAACGAGAAAAAAUAUCACCUCCAGGAACGUGUGGAUAAGGUGAAAAAGAGAGUGAAGGAUGUAGAGGAGAAGUCAAAGGAAUUUGUCCAGAAAGUGGAAGAGAAGAGUAUUGAUCUCAUUCAGAAAUGGGAAGAGAAGUCCCGGGAGUUCAUCGGCAAUUUCCUGGAGAUGUUUGGCCCAGAAGGUGCACUGAAACACAUGCUGAAGGAGGGCAAGGGCCGGAUGCUGCAGGCCAUCAGCCCAAAGCAGAGUCCCAGCAGCAGCCCCACACACGACCGCUCCCCAUCUCCCUCCUUCCGCUGGCCCUUUUCCACCAAGACUCCUCCUUCCUCCCCUGCCAACCGCUCCAGGAACGAGUCUGCAGUCACCUACGACAUCAGUGAGGAUGAAGAGGAUUAACCUACCUGCCAGGAUUUGCUGCGGACCGCUAAUCGCUGAAUCCUAAGUCCAGACCCACUGGGGAACUCUAAAUGAGCAAGAGAGCCAUAGGAACAGGGCUGAUGGCUGAGCACAGGGCCUUGGAGGCACCCGUUGCUCAUAGCAAGGGCUGCUGCCUGGAAGCACAUUCAAACCUCCUCUCCCUUCUCCCCAAAUCCCCUUUUUAUUGUUUACGUUCUAGCGGUUUCCAGGGUGAAGAUGGUUUUUAUAUUUUAAGAAAAUAUUUGUUAAAAGGGCAAGGAAUAGCA